CGCUCGAACGAGUAUCGUUGUGGGGUUUAGGGCGCAAUCUUUUCACCUUUCUCCACUCUCUUCCUUUGCUUAAAUAAAAUCUUUCGACUUGCUUCAGCUUAGGUUGAAAAAUGGAAGAAAAAAAUGGAAGAAAACGCGAAGGAGAAAACCUAAAAUCAAAGAAGAACAACAAAAAGCAUAAUCAAGUUUUCCAAUACGGAAACUACAAGAGUUACUACAACUACCGAAUUAGUGAAGGCGUUGAUGAAGAUCCUCGCUUGAAAGUGUUAAAGAAAGAGUGGUUUCAAGGGAAGGAUUGUCUUGAUAUUGGUUGCAACAGUGGAAUAAUCACCAUACAGAUUGCAUUGAAGUUUAGCUGCCGGAGCAUUCUUGGAAUUGACAUUGAUUCUGACCGAGUGUGUGAUGCAAAUUGGAAUUUGAGAAAAACUGCUAGAUUAAAAUCUGCCGGGAAUAAACCUUCCAAGGUCUCCAAACUCAAUGACAACAGCCACACGGACAAUUCAAAGAACAGUGUCACUCCAUCAUCACAUGUUGAAACAAAAGACAUUUCAAAUGAGCCUUCUUCUUUGGAGCAAGUUGAUCUUUUCAGUAUUGUUUCUUUUCAAUGUGAAAAUUUUGUUCAGAGUCCACACCCACCAGGAAAGCAAUAUGAUACUAUUCUUUGUCUGAGUGUAGCAAAAUGGAUUCAUCUAAAUUGGGGUGAUGAUGGCUUAAUUACAUUAUUUGCAGAGACUUGGAAGCUGCUCCGACCUGGUGGCUUUUUUGUGCUGGAACCUCAGCCAUGGAAGUCAUAUGAAAGCAACCGUUAUGUCACAGAGAAUACUUCUGCCAACUUCCGUAAUAUUAAGAUUCGACCAGAAGAGUUUCAGGAAAUACUGCUAGAUAAGAUUGGAUUUAGAACAGUAGAAGCAAUCACUUCAGAUUUGACAGGUAGCACGACUGGUUUCAACAGACCAAUUUUAGUUUUUCAGAAAUAACCAAUGUAGAAAGCCAUACGAGUAAAUGUGCUUCUUCCCAGCUGAGAGAAGUACUUGUUAUAUAUUUUGAGAUCAAAAGUGGUUACUAAUAGACCCCAAACUUGCGAUGAAGCUGCUGUUUAAGAUGAUUACUGGCAUGCAUGGAAACAAAUUUUUGGUUGAAUGAAAACAGUGUCUUGUGCGUAGCGUUUUUGCUGUCAAGUUUUAUUAUCACAUAAUUUUGGCCAGCAAGGGGUUGACUUGUUUUCUGCCAAAUAUCAUGUUAAUUUUGGCAGUUGGUGUCAAUGAGUGAAAGCAUGUUCAGCCUAAUUAAAGUUGUUUUUACCUUGAUACUACGUUAGUAUCAUUUUGGUGCAGGGUGGGUCUUUUUAGGGAUGAAAAGGAAGAACAUGAAAUGAUGAUUUGUAUUGUUUAUUUCGAUUGAUACUUCAUGUUUUCUUCACUUCUAAUAGAAUGAGGAAAUUUAUUUACUA